AUGUUACUGACGUUUUCCAGUACUGCACAGCAACGACAAGACACUCUUACUCUAGGGCAAUCCCUAACCGACGGCCAGUCCCUAGUUUCAGCCGGAGACAGCUUCCGCCUCGGCUUCUUCCGGCCGGAAAACUCCACCAGCCGGUACUUGGGAAUCUGGUACGGCUACAGGGUACCAACUCAAACGAUCGUGUGGGUGGCCAACAGAGGAUCUCCCAUUUCCGACACCCGAGGGUUCCUCAACCUCACCGAGGAAGGAAUCCUCGUCCUCUCCGACGGCAGCCGGGACAACUUUCCCGUCUGGUCCACCAACGUGACCAGACGGGUCACGACCGUAGUAGUCGCCCAGCUCUUGGAAUCCGGGAACCUCGUCGUUCGAGAUCCGGACGACGAGGACCCAGACAACUUUUUCUGGCAGAGCUUCGACCACAUCACCGACACGCUCCUCCCGGGGAUGAAGUUCGGGAGGAACUUGACGUCCGGUCUGAACCGGAUGAUGACGUCGUGGAGGAGCUUGGAGGACCCUGGGGAGGGCGACUUCUCGGUCCUCGUCGAGAUGCAAGGUUACCCUCAGGCUGUGGUACGGAGGGGCCCCACGAUCCAGGCUCGAAUCGGAUCGUGGAACGGCCUCCGUUACACUGGGGCUCCGACCCUGAACCCCAGCCCGACUUUCUGGUUCGAGUAUGAGUACGACGAGGGGGAGGAGAUUUACUUCAGGUUCCGGGUGCCCAACAGCACGGUCAUGUCGAGGUACGCGAUUUCUCCGUCGGGGUCGUUCCAGCUGUGGAUGUGGAGCAGACGGGCCGACAACUGGAUAGUGUUGUAUUCGGCUCAGGGGGACCGGUGUGACAACUACGGGUUGUGUGGGACCUACUCGAACUGUUACACGUAUCUGGUCCCGGCCUGUCAGUGUCUGACCGGGUUCAGACCUAGGAGCCCGAGUGACUGGGACCGGUCGGACUGGGAAGGAGGGUGUGCGAGGAGGACUGCGCUGGCUUGUAACUCGACCGAUGGGUUUAUCAGACAUGUAGGGGUCAAACUGCCGAAUACUGCAAAGACGGUCUGGGACCGGACGAUGGGGUUGGAGGAGUGUCGGAGAUUGUGUUUGGGGAAUUGUUCAUGCUCGGGGUACUCCAGCUUGGACAUAAGGAAUGGUGAGAGUGGGUGUUUGAUGUGGUUCGAUGAUUUGAUUGACAUUCGAGAGUUGUCGGAUGGUGGGCAGGAUUUGUACGUCAGGGUGGCUGGCUCGGAAAUAGUGGGGAGGUCCAACAAGAAGAGGAAAACAGUCAUUGUGAUCGCCUCAGUAAUUUCUACCAUAACGUUUUUGGCAAUGAUGGUGAUUGCGCUCUACGUGAGACAAAGGAAACUGAAGAAAAAAGGAAUUCGGAAUGAAGAGAUGGAGCUACCCAUAUUCAAUUUGAGCACAGUAGUUAUGGCCACAAAUGACUUCUCGAAUGACAAUAAGCUUGGAGAAGGUGGAUUUGGACCCGUCUACAAGGGGAAACUUCCCGAAGGACAAGAAAUAGCGGUGAAGAGAUUGUCGAAGAGCUCCGGACAAGGGCUCAAUGAGUUCAUGAACGAAGUCAUUCUGUUCUCCAAACUCCAACAUCGGAACCUUGUUCGACUGUUGGGCUGUUGCAUUCAUGAAGAUGAGAAGAUGUUGAUCUAUGAAUACAUGCCUAACAAAAGUUUGGACUUCUUCAUUUUCGAUGAGACACAAAAGAAGCUACUAAACUGGCAAAACCGAACGAUAAUCAUAGACGGGAUUGCUAGAGGUCUGCUUUACCUUCACCAGGAUUCCAGGUUGAGAAUCAUCCAUCGAGAUAUGAAGGCCAGUAACAUAUUGCUAGACAACGAGAUGAGACCUAAAAUUUCGGACUUUGGCCUCGCCAAGUCAUUUGGAGGAGAUCAAACCGAGGGCGAAACAAAAAAGGUCGUGGGCACGUUCGGCUAUAUGUCUCCAGAAUACGCAGUGGAUGGUCUCUUCUCAGUUAAGUCAGACGUAUUUAGUUUCGGAGUUAUGGUUCUUGAGAUAGUGAGCGGUAGCAAGAACCGAGGAUUCUAUCACCCUGACCACGACCUCAAUCUCUUAGGCCAUGCAUGGACGUUGUGGAACGAAGGCGUGGCGCUGGUGCUGGUAGACGAGUCUAUGAAAGAGAGCUGCAACCAAUCAGAAGUGUUGAGGUGCAUCCACGUGGCGUUGUUGUGCGUGCAACAGAAGCCCGACGACAGGCCCAACAUGUCGGCCGUGGUGCUGAUGUUGGGCAGCGAGAAUCCUCUACCACGGCCCAACCUGCCGGGAUUCUACCUUCGGAGGAAUCCACCGGAGGCGGCCGACCCAAUGUGUUCCCCCAACAGUAAUAAUCAAAUGUCUCUAACAGUAUUGGACCCUCGUACUGCGCAACAACAACAACAACGAGAUACUCUGGCGCCAGGCCAAUCUCUAACCGACGGCCAGUCCAUCGUCUCCUCCGGCGGCAGCUUCCAGCUCGGAUUCUUCCGGCCGGAAAAUACCAGCAGCCGGUACCUGGGAAUCUGGUACGGCGUCGACAGGGUAUCAAUUCAAACGAUCGUAUGGGUAGCCAACAGAGGAUCUCCGAUUUCCGACACUCGAGGGUUCCUCAACUUCACCAGGGAAGGAGUCCUCGUCCUCUCCGACGGCGGCCGGAGCAACCUCGCCGUCUGGUCCUCUAAUGUGACCAGAAGAGUGCCUCCGGCGACCGGGGUCGUCGCCCAGCUCCUGGAUUCCGGCAAUUUGGUUGUCAGAGACGCGAACGACGAGAACCCGGAUAACUUCCUGUGGCAGAGCUUCGACUAUCUCACCAAUACUCUGCUCCCGGGGAUGAAAUUGGGGAGAAAUCUGAGAUCCGGUCUGGACCGGAACCUGAUGUCGUGGAGGUCCGUGGAGGACCCGGGCGAGGGAGAAUUUUGGGUCGGGGUCGAGAUGCAAGGUUACCCUCAGGUGUUGGUACGGAGGGGCUCCACGAUCCAGGCUCGAAUUGGAUCGUGGAACGGCCUCCGUUUCACCGGGGCUCCGACCCUGAAUUCGAGCCCGACUUUCUCGUUCGAGUAUGAGUACAACGAGGGCGAGGAGAUUUACUUCAGGUUCCACGUGCCCAACAGCACGGUCGUGUCGAGGUACGUGGUUUCUCCAACGGGGUUGUUCCAGUUGUGGAUGUGGAGCAGACGGAGUAACGAUUGGAUUGUGAUAUACUCUGCUCAGGGGGACCGGUGUGACAACUAUGGUCUGUGUGGCACAUACUCGAGUUGUUACACUUACAUGGUCCCGGCCUGUCAGUGUCUGACCGGGUUCGAUCCGAGGAACCCGAGUGAUUGGGAGCAGUCGGAUUGGGAAGGUGGGUGUGUCAGGAGGACUUCCCUGGCUUGUAAUUCGAGCGAUGGAUUCAUCAGGCAUUCAAACGCCAAGCUGCCAAAUACUGCAAUGGCAUUCUGGAACCGGACGAUGGGGCUAGAUGAAUGUCGGAGGUUGUGCUUGGGGAACUGUUCUUGUACUGGGUAUUCCAGCUUGGACAUAAGGAAUGGCGGGAGCGGGUGCUUGAUGUGGUUCGAUGAUCUGAUUGACAUUCGAGAACUGUCCGACGGCGGACAGGAUUUGUAUGUGAGGGUGGCCGGCUCAGAAAUUGGAGUGGUUCAAGAGCAGGGGAGUUCCAAGAAUAGGAGGAAAAUGAUCAUCGUGGUCGCCUCAGUGGUUUCGUCUGUGUCUCUUUUGGCAAUUUUGGUGAUUGUGCUCUGCGCGAGAGAAAGGAAACUUAAGAAAAAAGAUAUGCACAAAAUGUCACAGAAGGAGCACAAUGAAGAGAUGGAUCUACCCACAUUCAGUUUGAGCACAAUAGUUAAGGCCACAAAUGACUUCGCCAUUGACAAUAAGCUCGGGGAAGGGGGAUUUGGCCCCGUCUACAUGGGGAAACUUCCUGAAGGGCAAGAAAUAGCGGUGAAGAGGCUCUCAAAGAGCUCGGGACAAGGGAUAAGUGAGUUCAAGAACGAAGUCAUCCUGUUCUCCAAACUACAGCAUCGAAACCUUGUUCGACUGCUGGGUUGUUGCAUUCCUGGUGAUGAGAAGAUGUUGAUCUAUGAAUACAUGUCUAACAAAAGCUUGGACUUCUUCAUUUUCGAUGAGAAGCAAAGAAAACUAUUGAACUGGCAAAAGCGGGCGAUAAUCAUAGACGGGAUUGCUCGAGGCUUGCUUUACCUUCACCAGGACUCCAGGUUGAGAAUCAUUCAUCGAGAUCUGAAAGCCAGUAAUAUAUUGCUGGACAGCGAGAUGCAACCUAAGAUUUCGGACUUCGGUCUUGCGAGGACAUUUGGAAGAGAUCAAACAGAGUGCGAAACAAAUAAGGUCGUUGGCACGUUUGGCUAUAUGUCUCCGGAAUAUGCGGUGGAUGGUCUCUUCUCGGUCAAAUCGGACGUAUUUAGCUUCGGAGUUUUGGUUCUUGAGAUAGUGAGCGGUAAGAGGAACAGAGGAUUCGCCCACACUGACCACGACCUCAACCUCUUGGGCCAUGCAUGGACGUUGUGGAACGAAGGUGCGGCGAUGCAGCUGAUAGACGACUCAAUGAAGGAGAGCUGCAAUCAAUCAGAAGUGCUGAGAUGCAUCCACGUAGCGUUGUUGUGCGUGCAACAGAAACCCGACGACAGGCCAAACAUGUCAGUUGUGGUGCUGAUGCUGGGCAGCGAGAAUACUCUGCCACAGCCCAAUCUGCCUGGGUUUUACCUUAGAAGGAAUCCACCGGAGGCCGAGUCUUCUUCCUCAAACAAUAACAAUGAUUCUUACUCUGCUAAUCAAGUCUCCCUAACAGUAAUGGAGCCGCGGUGA